AUGAACAGCAGCGGCACCAAGAAGCCCCGUGAGCUCGGUGAACGUGUGAUCGACCACCGCUUCCACCCUCAUCGGUGGAUCCUGCUGACGAUGCCAACACCUAAGGCCACGCCCAUGCGCCGGAAGUUGCUCAAUGUCACAACCCGGGAGAUCAUCAAGGUCGAUCUGCCGGAGCUCGACAGCAACGCCGUGCUCUCGGGUCCUGACGCGGCGUCGGAGGGCAUCCUAGUGGUGCAUGAGAGGAGUCUCGUCAUGUGCCUCCUCAACCACCUUACUCGUCACGUCUUUAACCUCUCGACACUGUGGACACUACAGCCUGGUAGCCGCAGGGGGCCCAUUUCGAAUAAGUUCCAUGAGGAUCACGAGGUGACGGGCGUCGACUUCGUGGUAGAUCUGCUGGAGUCCCCAUCGUUGUUGAUUCCUGUGCAAACAGGCGUGACUGGGCUGGCUUGCCACCGAUGGCGGUGGAGAACGUCGAUGGGCGCCUCCUGGAUGGUGGGACGUGGCAGACUUCAUGUGGUUCCGCUUGGUGUGCAAGCUGUGGAUAUGAAUGGCAGCGGCACCAAGAAGCACCGUGAGCUCGGUGAAUGUGUCAUCGACCACCGAUUCCACCCUCGUCGGUGGAUCCUGUUGACAGAGCAAGUGCCUAAGGUCAUGCUCACUCGCCGGAAGCUGCUCAACAUCACCACCCGGAAGAUCAUCAAGGUCGAUCUGUCGGAGCUCGACGACCAUGCCGUGCUCCUAGGUCUCGACGUGGCGUCAGAGGGCAUGCUUGUGGUGCGCAAGAGGACUCUCGUCAUGUGCCUCCUCAACCACCUUACCCGUCACAUCUUUGACCUCUCGACGGCGAGGACGCUACAGCUUGGUAGCCGCAGGGGGCCCAUUUCGAAUGUGUUCCAUGAGGAUCACGAGGUGACGGGGGUCGACUUCAUGGUAGAUCUGCUGGAGCUAUGGAUGAACGACAUCGACACCAAGAAGCCUCGUGAGCUCUGUGAACACGUCAUCGACCACUGCUUCCACCGUCGUCGUUGGAUCCUACUGGCGGAGGCAACGCCUGAGGCCACGCUCACGUGCCGCAAGUUGCUCAACGUAACCACCUGGAAGAUCAUCAAGGUCGAUCUACCGGAGCUCGAUGGCCACGCCGUGCUCCUAGGUACCAACGUGGCGUCGAAGGGCUUGCUAGUGGUGCGCGAGAGGACUCUCAUCAUGUGCCUCCUCAACCUUCUUACCCGUCACGUCGUUGACCUCUAG